UUUUACUUUUUCGCUUAACAUAUAAGCUCAUCAACAAGUCGCAAGAUAACCACUUUUAGCAAGCUGAUCAAAUUGGUCUUCUGCUUAUAAGAUCUACCAAUUCAAUAAUUAAAUCGAGUGAUCCAAAAAACUUCUUGAGAUUAUAAAAAUGAUAUUCUACUGGGUUUUAAUAUCAUAUGCUUAUGUGGACGUUAUGGCACAUGUUAAUUUGUUGGAGUAUACUGAUCUGGUUGACAUGACAAACGAACUCAUCGAAUGUGCUUGCUACACGUUUUUUCCUAAUAAAUUUCAUAGUGGAUUCGGCAUUGCAAUUAAGACCAUUGUUCGUGGAAAUCAAUAUACGUUCGAUGAAAUGAACUAUAUGUUGGCAAUACCAGAUUACGCAGAUUAUACUAAUCUUGAAGCUUUCAAAGGAUACCAGACAAGAAUGCAGACCGAAAUAAUCAAUGCCACAGGUCUCAGGCAUGUUCCGGCAAAUGGAGGUCAAGAUAUUACAAGUCUUGGAAAUUUCAGAAGAACAUGGACUAAGGAAACUAUAAGACGUCUGUUCGACAUUGAUUUGUUCCAUGGAGACGAUUCAAAUUAUACAGAUGAUCAGAAAUGUUAUUUAAUCGGAAUAGCAAUACAAUCAAAUUAUGUAUCCGGUUAUACAGUAAGUGCUGAAAUGAAAAAUGGUUUUUGUGUCAUAAUGGAUACACACGGCUGCGGUAGAAAAUACAAAGAGAUUGGGAACCAAUUUUGGCAAGUACACUGGACUCAAACCAAUUUAAGAAUAGGAACACUUCUUGAUCAGUUAAAAUUUAUAAUUGCACCAUGAAGCAUAAGCAUAGUUUUCUUUUAAUAAUUAAUUCAUAAAUUACAUAGUACGUUCUACAUUACGUUUAAAGAAUUGUCAACAUCAUCAUUGUCAAACAAUUUAAUAUAUUUCACAAUAAACAAUUUUGCUUGCGAUUUUA